CCACACCCUCGGCUUCAUGAUGGCUGCUCUGUUUGCUCUCACUGGCUGUAUUCCCGAAUCCAGCCAAGCAGAAGAUUUCAGAGAAGGCACAGACUACGUAACACUUUCACCUGCCAUGUCAACACAAGCACCUGCCGGAAAGGUUGAGGUGACAGAGUUAUUUUGGUACGGAUGCCCGCACUGCUAUGCAAUGGAACCCACCAUUGAAAAGUUUCUCAGCAAGAAACCCGAGAACGUGGUCUUCCAGCGCGUUCCUGCCACGCUGAGUCCGCGCUGGGAAUACCAUGCCAAACUGUUUUAUGUGGGUAAAAUGCUGGAUCCUGAUGGAGCCAAACACGUCCAUACUAAAAUCUUUGAAGCCCUGCAAAAACAACGUCGCCAAAUUAACAAUGACGAUGCCAUGACCCGUUUUUUCACCGAACUAGGGUUUACCGCUGAUCAAAUCAAAAGUGCAUUGAACUCCAUGGAAAUGAAAUCCAUGAUGGCACGAGCAAAUGAAGUAGGCACUCAAUCCAAAGCGGAUUCUGUACCCGUCCUCAUUGUCAACGGCAAGUACCGCACCAGCCCCAGUAUGGUGGGUGGCGAAGAGAAAUUAUUGCACGUCAUUGAGUAUCUGGGCGAUAUGCGCAAGUUCAGCCUGUUGGAUAAAGUUCUAACUGAAAUUGAUCAGUCAUUGCGUGUGGCUCAUGCUACCGCGCCCACCACCGAACGCCCUAACCCGGCAGAAGGUGUGCAGGAAACGACGCCCCUCAACGAGGCAGAACGUGAUUUGGUCAUCCGACUCAUGCGCAUUAACCAUACCGGCGAAGUGUCUGCCCAAGGUUUGUACCGAGGGCAAGCCAUGACAGCCAAGCGUGAAGACAUCCGUGAACAGAUGGAACGUUCCGCUAUGGAAGAAAACGACCAUCUACAUUGGACAGAAAAGCGUCUAAACGAACUCGGUGGCAGAAAAAGCUUGCUGAACCCCUUUUUCUAUUGGGGUUCAUUCACUAUUGGCGCAGUAGCAGGCCAAAUUGGUGACAAAUGGAGCCUUGGUUUCGUCAAGGAAACGGAAGAUCAAGUCAUCAAGCAUCUGGAAGAACACAUUAACCGCUUACCGGCUCAUGCCCUACCCGACAUGGCUAUUUUGCAAAAAAUGAAGGAAGAUGAAGCACAUCACGGUCAUGUCGCCGUGCAA